CCCCGGCGCAAUCGGCAUGUAUGCACUCUCUCUUGGCGUGCAACGGAUCGAUGAAAAACUGCCCGCUCCAGUCUACGCUCUUCUCUCCGGCCUAAAUGCCUCAACCGUAGGCAUUAUUGCUCUUGCUGCUGUCCAGCUAGCUGAAAAGGCCAUCCGUGAUAAAAUUUCACGAAUCCUUGUAAUCUUUGGCGCAUGUGCUGGCCUCUGUUAUAGCGCACUUUGGUAUUUCCCUAUUCUUAUGGUUUCUGGUGGUGUUGCUACUGUGCUGUGGGAUGGGUUGGUGUAUCAGCAAAUUCUGAGAGCGAAGAGUGCGUGGAAAAAUAGGAAUCGGCAGCCCGAGCCGGAAGGUGAUCCCCCGGUUUCCACGGGCUUGGGGGAUACGGCUGCAAGGAAUUCAGCUCAGGAGCCGGGAAUGGAGAUGCUGCGGAUGAGAAAACCAGAUACGGGGGCUUUGCCGCAACAACAAACUAAUACCCAGGCUUCAGAAGGAAGGGAAGGGCUGUCACAGGACCAUGUGAUUCGUAUCCGUGUUGGGAGUAUGAUUGUUGUUUUCUUCUUUGUGUCCUUUACCGCCAUACUUGUCUCCAGAGCCAAAGUUUCACUACCCCCUUUGGCCCUUGAUCUCUUCGCAAAUAUGUACCUCGCCGGCACUGUGAUAUUUGGCGNAUGAUGCCGGCGCGAAUAAUCCUAGCCGAUAGCCAUUCGGCCAGCGACAGAAAAAGAAAGAACGAGAUGAUCACUAGGAUUUGAACGACUGCACUCGUUAGCUUGCGGUUCCGUUGCCUGCGAUGGGGGUCAUACUGCUCGGUUCAUGAUACUGCACGAAGCCACCCGCCAUGUGAGUCUCGGCAAUCUGGCACAAACUUGACUGCUAUCGAUAUGGGCACAACUACACCGGAAUGUCCCUGGCUGUUCACGCCAUGAAAAGAUAAGAAAAUUUCCCUUGGUGGGGCAGUUCACAGGGACCGGUUACAUCAUCGUUGCAUCCGUCAAUGGGUCGCCCUUGGAUACACCGCGCGGCUCAACCAUUGAUGGUUCCGGGAUUGCGGCGUGGAGACCUUGGCACUGUGUACAAAACCGGUCGCAGCUGGGCAGCUCCGUCAGGUUUGCCGAGUAUCUGGUUGCUGCUCACGGUCGGCAACUGACCGAGAAAUGCCCGAAACGUAUUGUAUAUAUAGUCGAACAGGAGAGGGUAUAGGCUAGUUUAAGUAUCAAUCCACAUCGUCAGUGAAAACAAUACACACGCCCUUCCUUGGCGUCGCUACAUUCUUUCCAUGCUUGACAUGAGACGCAAAACAAGUAGGAAACAAUCCAUAUACGAAAUCUGGAAGUCAGUGCGCAACGAGAUCGAGACGAGAACGGCAAUGCGAUGCCUCCUUGAGCGUCACUGGGAGCGAUUCUUGGCACCUUGGCAGCUGAAACGAGGAGCUUGUUGAUCACCUUCUCCUGGCGCUUGGGGG